UUAAAAAUAGAUAAUUAAAAAAAAUGAAAUAGAACAUAAAACUAAUUCAAAUACGCAAAUAUUUAAAUUAAAUUCCCAAUAAUAAAAGAGAAGUAUCGAUUUAUAUCUUAUAGCGAUUUUUAUUUAAAUUUGCACAAUGAAAAAUAUUAAUAAAAAAACAUAUAAACAUAAAAAUUUUAAGAAGCUACAGAUAUGUGAUAUGAUCUGUAUUCUAAUUCUUUAAUAUACGCAAUUUGCAAAAAAUAUCAAAAUUUUAUAUUUCUAUAUUUAAAAAAUUUACUUUUAGGUGAUUUCAUGCAUUACAGAAACUAGUUAUAAAUAUGUUCUAAGUAUAGAUUCAUAAUUUUUUAAUUGUAUAAACUAAUCAUGUUUUUAUAAGUGUUAAUGUAUUGUAAUAUUUAGUUUUCAAGAAAUAAGAGAUUGUUACUGAAAAGAUCUAUAACAAUAUCGGCGACUUUUCUUUCUUAUGAGUAUUAGAUUAGUAUUUGUCUUUGAAUUAAAAUCAUCUGGAUUGAGCAUGCUAUUGUUCUCGGUGAUGCCGAGAAAGAAGUAUAUAAUGUAGAAUUCGUUACUAAAAAAAGACAAUGAUAUAAAAAUGACAUUUUUCUAAGUUUAGUAGAACCAAUUGGGUCACAAAAAGUGACCAAUUGGUUCAUUAAAAAGAGACGACAUAAAAAUGACAUCCCUUUCUGUAGAACUGUGAGUGAUCAAUCAGGUUUACUAGAAACAGACAAUAAUUUCGCACUAUAUGCACCUCUCCCUUAGUUUUACCUAUAAAGACGGCUCAAUCCAAAUGUUUUCAUUUUAAUGUUAUUUGUAUUACUAAAUAAUAAUUUGAUUUUCAGUUAUUAAAAACAUCAGUUGGCUAUGUAUCAGUUUUGCAUACAACAAGAAGUUAAUAAGGAAAUAAGAUUUGUUUAGAAAUAACUAGAAAAUUUUAUUGAAUAAUGGAUGGAAUCUGAAACUAAAUUCAAACCUGAAUUCUUCAUAAAUAUCUAUUUUUCUUAAAUAUAUAGAGUAAAGAAAUUCUUUUAACUGUUUAAUUUUAAAUAAAGAAUAAUUUAGUUCGGAAAUAAGUAUCUUAAGUAAUUAAGAUAAAGUAUAUAUUUAAUUUAAAAAAAGUUUUAAAUAACAGUUGUUUGAUUUUAAAGAAAUAAAUUAAUUGUCAAAAAUAAUAAUUGUUUUGUGUAAUUUAAGGAUUAAUUUUAAGUUUAAUUUUAUUCAAUUAUUGUAUGUUUUAUUUAAAUAAAAUUGACUUACGUAUCAUUUUAAGUAUGAAAAUAUAUAAGUGGAAAAAGAUAGUUUGAGAUAUUUUGUACUUUGCAUUAAUACGAAUUAUAAUGCAAUAAUAAACGCAUUACUAAGUAAAGUGUCAUCUGUAAAUUUUUUAAAAAUUUCGAUUUAGAAAUUCUAUGUAUAACAAUAAAUUGGUUUUGGCCGAGAUGAAAUCUGGAUCUUCAGUAUAAGAGACUGUACUAUCUGCUACACCACGCCUCCUUCAUACAUUCUUAAAAAGGUAAUUGUUAUGGGGAUUAUUAAUACAAUAAAUUAUAUAUAUAUUUUUAUUUUAUCUUACUCUAAAUUUCAAAACUUUUUUAGUUAUUCAAUCCAUUAUCCGAUAAUAAUGAGCGAAAAUUGUAUAGAAUUAGAAACAAAGAAAGAAGGAAUAAUAGAUUCUUGCAGCAGUUGUCUCAUCAACAUAUUUUAUUUUUUUAAUGGUAUUGUAUAUAGAAUAUUACUAUCUAUAGUUAUGAGUUAUGAUUAUAGAAUAUAUCUACCUUUGCCUUGCUAAUACAACAGCCACCUAUUAUUAAAUUUUUAUUCACGAAUGUGUCGUGCGAAGUUCGAUAUAGGAGUGACGGAAACUUCAAGUGAGGGUGAAUAGUUAAUACAUUUUUUGCAGGAUCGUUCAACUUUCUCGAAAGUUAUUAUUAUAAGCAUGUGCGAAAACUGGUUUUUACUGAAUAAGAGGUUACAUCGAUUCUUGUGAAAAGAACAAAUGUCAGUCUAUAGACAACGUUCGACAUGGAAAGUUCAAAAUAUAAUGGAUACCGAGGUAGAUUUCGAAUGGGCUGUGAAAUUAAAUCGUUUUAUUUUAAAUAUAAUUGGUCUUUGGCCCAAGUUUGCACAAAAUUUUCGACAAAAGUUAAUGUGCAAUUUUCGAGUGCUUGUCGCUCUUUUGGCAAUAACGUGUGGCGUUCUGAUUCCAUCUAUACAUUCAUUAAUAAGAAUUUAUGGAGAUAUAGUGCUAAUGAUGGACAAUUUGCAAUUUACCUUACCGGCUAUAAGUUGUUCGAUAAAAAUCGUAAUUUUUUGGUGGAAGAAAGAAGCUAUUGCACCAAUUAUAAAUAUGAUCGUGGAGGAUUGGUUAAAGUUAAAAAAUGUACAAGAAAGAAGUUUAAUGAUCAGAAGGGCACAUAGUGCACGCAUAAUUAUUAUAUUCGCAUAUUGCAUAAUGGGAGCAGCAGUGUUUUUUGCUAUCAUUCUGCCUUGCUUUGGAAUAUCGAUGAGAACUACGACUAACAUUACCGAUCCAGGCAAACCAAUGCCUCUACAAACUCAUUAUAUUUACGAUGUAACAAAAAGUCCACAGUAUGAACUAACAUUUAUUAGCCAAUCUAUUUAUAUUGUUAUUGCUAUGAUGGCUUAUACCGGAAUUGAUAAUUUUCUUGGACUACUGAUUUUCCAUAUAUGUGGUCAGUUAGACAUUUUGAAAAAUCGUAUAACAAGAUUUGAUAAAUAUAUAAAUUCUCAUAAAAUACUAAAAGGUUGUAUAAUAAGACACAUCCGCUUACUUAGAGCUAUUGAUAUCAUUGAAGAUACUUAUAAUAUAAUUCUUCUCUUUUUAUUUGUAUAUUUUGCAUUGCACUUCGCUUGUUAUGGUUUCCAAAUAAUUACUCUGUUUGAUGAAGGAAAUGAUAUAUCGUUCUCUCAUUUAAUAUAUUUUGUUUCCACCGUAAUUAAUAUAUUUGCACAUAUGUGCUUGUAUUGCGCUCUUGGAGAGAUCUUGGUUGCUCAGACUAAUAAAAUAUAUUAUGCGGCAUACAGUAAUAAAUGGUAUACCAAUUUGAAUCCAAAAAUAACACAAAACUUAUUGCUUUUAAUGAUAAGAGGCUCUAAACCGGUCUAUCUUACUGCUGGAAAAAUAUUCCCUUUAACGAUGACAACGUUUUGCAGUUUAUUAAAAACAUCAGUUGGCUAUGUAUCAGUUUUGCAUACAACAAGAAGUUAAUAAGGAAAUGAGAUUUGUUUAGAAAUAACUAGAAAAUUUUAUUGAAUAAUGGAUGGAAUCUAAAACUAAAUUCAAACCUGAAUCCUUCAUAAAUAUCUAUUUUUCUUAAAUAUAUAGAGUAAAGAAAUUCUUUUAACUGUUUAAUUUUAAAUAAAGAAUAAUUUAGUUCGGAAAUAAGUAUCUUAAGUAAUUAAGAUAAAGUAUAUAUUUAAUUUAAAAAAAAUUUUAAAUAACAGUUGUUUGAUUUUAAAGAAAUAAAUUAAUUGUCAAAAAUAAAAAUUGUUUUGUGUAAUUUAAGGAUUAAUUUUAAGUUUAAUUUUAUUCAAUUAUUGUAUGUUUUAUUUAAAUAAAAUUGACUUACGUAUCAUUUUAAGUAUGAAAAUAUAUAAGUGGAAAAAGAUAGUUUGAGAUAUUUUGUACUUUGCAUUAAUACGAAUUAUAAUGCAAUAAUAAACGCAUUACUAAGUAAAGUGUCAUCUGUAAAUUUUUAAAAAAUUUAGAUUUGAAAAUUCUAUGUAUAACAAUAAAUUGGUUUUGGCCGAGAUCAAAUCCGGAUCUUCAGUGUAAAAGACCAGUGUGCUAUCUGCUACACCACGCCUC